AUAAAGUGUCAGGUAAAGACAACCGCACGAAAAAUAAAACUACUACAAGCACAAAAACACACAACUGUACAACACACAUCCAACAACAAAAAGCGGUCGAUAUCAGCCGACCGGCAAGAGUCAACCACCGCAUAAGUGAGAGAGAGCAUUUGCCGCAUGCCGCUUGACAACCGCAAUCUUUUUUAGUAUACCUACUUGAUUUCAGUCACAAUCAUUUGUCAGCGGCGAAUCCACGUUCCACGCAAGAAGACAAUUAUAUAUUAUACCUACACGUGUGCAUUUUGUUUUAAAAAUUAAAAAAACUGAGUGUACUUAACUAUUUCCAUAAUGACCGAGAACGAAGACAAAAAAACUGUAAACAUCCAAGAAAUAAUUCCUUUAGUCGAAAAAAGACCGGUUAUAUGGGAUCAUCAUUUGGAAUUAUUUAAACACAAAAAUGCAACCCUCGAAGCUUGGGAUGAAAUUUGUUCAGAAUACAACAAGGAAUAUACCACAAUGCCUGUAGCAGAGAGAAAAGCAUAUCGUACCACUGUCGUAAGAAAAUGGAGAAAUGUUAAAGAUAGUUGGAGAAAACAUUUAGUCAGAAGGAUGAGAGGAGAAACAGGACACAGGAGAUAUCUUUACGACAGAGAGUUAAUGUUCUUGAAAGAAGGAAUAAAAUUAAACAAAUAUAAGGUGCGGAAAACUCCCAAAACAAUACAAUCUGAUGAUGAAUCAACUACAAAUUCAGAGAUACAAAUUAAAGAUGAAAUUUUGAAUAUAGAUGAUAAUAUGGAGGACAACGCGUUGAAGGAAGAAAUGAUAACUAAUGAAUAUACAUAUGACUCAGACAUUCAUAGUCAAUCUGAAACUGAAAGCGUUGGAGGAAAGCUAGAGCAAAACGAAUUUCCUACCCAAAGAGAAAAUCUUGACAACAAAGCAACACCAUCUUUUACAUUCUCUCAAAGUACAAGGUCCAACCACGAUGAAUCGGAAACAUCACAUUUAAUAAGUUUUAAGGAACAAGAAGAUCGACAUGUCUCUUUUAUUAAAGGAGUUUUGCCAUCGCUGCGAAAUUUUAAUGAAAGUCAAGUUUUAACAUUUCAAAUGGGAAUAUUGCAGUUGAUUCAAAGUAUUAAAGAAAAAAGCUAAUUUUAUUUUAUGUUAAUAAAACAGUCAUGUAA